AUGGGGACAACAUGUCUUCAUCGGGGAACACUACAGCAGAGUCUGGUAGGUUCUUAUGCAUUGUGCACCGUGGUGGACAUGGGCAGCAGGAGGAGCCAGAGCAGUGCUUCUCAGACGGUUUUUGAAAAUGAAGUUAACUCAGGGGAAGUAAAAUUGUUUCUUCAGGAUUUUCAACAUAGUGAUGAUUUUGAGGAUCACUUUAAAAAGGAGACAGAAAGUGAGAGUGACCCCAGCUUGUGGACACCCAGUAGCUUCUUUCUAAAAAAGAAGUCGAGCAGUGAGGAUGAAGAACUUGCAGGGCCUUCCCAUACUGACACCCCUACACUUCAGGAUAGUAUGGAAAUUGUUUCUGAAAGGGAGCUAGCUCAGUUGGCUCUGGUUCGACCAUUAAUAUUCAGUAUUCAUGAGCAAUCAACCAUCAAGAAUUAUUUUAAAAUGCUUGAGAAAAAAGUAUCAGAGUAUGAAAUCACCCAGGAAUUUAUGGCUUUAGAACUUAAGAAUCUUCCAGCUGUGUUCCACUCUGGGAAUGAACUACACAACAGAGACAAAAACAGAUACCGAGAUAUUCUUCCAUAUGAUGCAACACGUGUUCCUCUUGGAGAAAACAAGGACUACAUCAAUGCUAGUUAUAUUAAAAUAGUCAAUUCUGGAAAAGAGUAUUAUUAUAUUGCUACCCAAGGACCACUGCCAACUACCACAAAUGACUUUUGGCAAAUGGUUCUGGAAAAUAAUAAUGUUAUUGUCAUGAUAACCAGAGAGGUAGAAGGUGGAGUUAUCAAAUGCCACCAUUACUGGCCUGUUUCUAUGAAGAAACCUUUGGAACUGAAAAAUUGUCAUAUCUUCCUGGAGAACUACCAGAUACUUCAAUAUUUCGUCAUUCGAAUAUUUCAAGUUGUCAAGAAGUCCACAGGAGCUAGUCACUUUGUAAAACACUUGCAGUUCACCAAGUGGCCAGACCAUGGCACUCCUGCCUCAGCAGAAGGUUUUAUAAAGUAUGUUCGUUAUGUGAGGAAGAGCCACCUUACAGGAACCAUCAUUGUUCACUGCAGUGCUGGCGCGGGCCGGACAGGGGUGUUCCUAUGUGUGGAUGUUGUGUUCUGUGCCAUUGAAAAGAACUUUUCAUUCAACAUCAUGAAUAUAGUGGGCCAAAUGAGAGAACAACGUUAUGGAAUGAUCCAAACAAAGGAGCAGUAUAUCUUUUGUUAUAAAAUUGUGCUUGAAGUUCUUCAGAAGUUUCUGACUUUAAAGUAA